AUGCUUGCUGGUUUUUGCCUUUUUCUUUUGGAUUUUCCGAGCUGCACGGGAAUUGAGGAUGCAUUAUUGAGAGAUCUUAAAUGGCAAGAAAUUGUACAGCUUAUAUGCGAGAAACAGCCAUCUAUACAUUUGAUUUUAAAUAAGGAUGGAAUUACUGCUUUGGAUCUUUAUCAACGUAUUUUGAGACAUAAGAAUUAUUUUGUCGCCCUUGUGAACAAGGAAAUACUGCCACCGAUAAUCAAUGUGCCUUUCAUUGGUUCAAUGCCAUAUUUACCAAAUGGUUUGAAAAUGAAUUUGGAAUGGCUGUUGUUUUAUGGAAUGUGGUCGCCGUGGAAGGGACCGUAUGAGCUUAAGGAAGAAUACAAACAUCCGCAGAAUGUUUUCAGGCUUGCAGAUGAGUUAGAUUCGGCAAUAUUGAAAAUGGCUGUUGGCAAUUUUAUUUUUUUUCCACUUGUAUUUGUUUACCAAGUACUAUAUUUCUUCUUUACUUAUGGUGAGCUGUUAAAACGAGAUCCGGGUUCCUUUGCUAUGCGCAGAUAUUCAAACUUUGGAAGGAAUAAGCUGAGACAUUUCAACGAAUUAGAUCAUGAAUUACGAAUGCGUCUUUCAAAAAGUCAUCGAGCGGCAACGCAGUAUAUGGAGCAGUUUCUUUCACCCUUGGGACAAGUUAUCGCUAGAAAAGUUCAAUUUGUCGCAGGUGCAAUUUGCAUAGUGUUGCUGUUGCUAGGUCUAUGGGAUGAAGACGUAUUAUCGGUUGAACACGUUCUCACGAUCAUAUCUGUAUGUGGGUUGGUUGCUGUCGCAUGCCAAUCAUUUAUUGGAGAUGAGAAUAUGAUUUAUUGGCCUGAAACAUUGCUAGAUAUGGUAAUCGCACACAUACAUUAUGCACCAGAUUCAUGGAAGGGGAAAGCCCAUACAGAUACGGUGCGAAAAGAAUUUGGACAUUUAUUUGAGCUGAAAACGAAAUUUUUACUUGAAGAACUUCUGAGUCCAAUUUUAACUCCAUUUAUUCUACUUUUUUGGAUUCGUCCGAAAGCGAAAGAGCUUGUGGAUUUUUUCCACAAUUUUACGGUUACCGUAGAAGGUCUUGGUGAUGUUUGCUCGUUUGCUCAGAUGGAUAUCAAACAGCAUGGAGAUCCCAAUUGGAGCUUUGAUGAGCUUACCAAGGAAGAAGUUGCAAAUAUACAUGCAAGAGUUCACGCUAAUGAUGGAAAAACGGAGCUUUCGUUAGUGCAUUUUGCUAGCCAUCAUCCAGAAUGGAAACCACCACCUCGUGCUGCUCGUUUCCUUGACAGUAUAAAAGAUCGUAUGGCACAAGACAUGAAUACAUUAAAAGAAGGUGUCGUGGAUGAUAACAUACUGCUGAAUAGUUUACAUUUUUUCCAUCCCAUUGCUGAGCAGCAGCUUAGAAAAUUUGUAGGACGACAGCCAUUUAUUGCAUCUUUGCAUGAUCCUGAUUUGCUUGCUGCAGCAGCGAAUAUGUCUUUACAUGGUGAAAAAAAAAGUCAUCUGGCUGACACGAUUCUUACUUCACAAACAGCAGCCUUGAGUAUUGCAUAUUUACGUAAUUUACGUGCUCAUUGCGAUAAUCAUCGCUCUGAAAUGUUAUCCUCUUCGACAGCCAUGGCACGUCAGAAUAUAACGCAGGUUACUCCGAUUUCCACAAACGUAUCACCAAUAACAAGUGGAACCGUAGUACAAAGUUCAGCUGAUACAACAACGGAAGCAACGGGCAAUGUUUGGGGCGUACCAGCGCAAAGUACGAUUUCACCUAUCCAAGCUUCACUUUCGCCUCGAAGUGAAGAUGAGCAGCUACAGCAGGAACUUGCUGGAAAUGAACCACCACCUCCAGGCCUGUCAUAUCAUAUUUUGGAUGUUUGA